AAUCUCAUGCUGCCCUUUUUAAAUUCUCUCUCAUUACAGGAACACUUGCAAUUCUUUAUUCUCCCCAUAACCUCCUACCCAUGUCAUUUUCUUCUAACUCUAAGCCUCUGCAAAUGGAUUCAAUCUUCUUCAGUUCUGCUCUGACAUUGCUUAUUACAAUCUCCAGUUCCUCCUUCAUUGGAGGAGUUUCAGGAGCUACAUUUACGCUAAUCAACAGAUGUAGCUACACAGUGUGGCCUGGUAUUCUUGCCAAUGCUGGAAGCCCUCCAUUAGAAACCACAGGUUUUGAGCUUCCAUCUGGUGGGUCUCGUUCCUUUCAAUCACCACCAAAUUGGUCGGGUCGAUUCUGGGGAAGAACCGGUUGCACAUUCGACCCAACCACUGGUCAGGGUAGCUGCAUAACCGCUGAUUGUAAUACAAAUCUAAUUGAAUGCAACGGUAAAAAUGCAAACCCACCAGCUACUCUAGCAGAAUUCACAAUCGGAUCCAACUCUCAGGACUUUUACGACGUCAGCUUAGUUGACGGCUACAAUUUACAGAUGAUUGUGGAACCCAAUGGCGGGUCGGGUACUUGUUUGUCAACCGGAUGUGUAACCGAUUUGAAUCAGCAGUGUUCUGAAGAACUCAGGGUGGGUUCUGGUGAGGCCUGCAAAAGUGCCUGUGAGGCUUUUGGGAGCCCUGAGUAUUGUUGUAGCGGGGCAUUUGCUACACCAGACACUUGUAAGCCAUCUGUAUAUUCUCAGAUGUUUAAAGCUGCUUGUCCGAGAUCUUACAGUUAUGCGUACGAUGAUGCAACGAGCACAUUUACAUGUACAGGAGCUAACUAUCUGAUCACAUUCUGCCCUUCAUCGGCAAGAAGUCUGCUACAGACCCAUCACAAACUACAAGCACAAGCACAGCAAAUGGGUCCGAAGAAGGAUCAGGAGAUGGGCUCAAUAGUUCAUGGUUGUCAAACAUUUUCUCUGGAGAUUCAUCCACAAGAGUUUCUUCUUCUGCUUGGCCCUUCACAUUCAUUGUUUCUGCAAUUUCUUCUAUAUUCCUCUUUUUUCUUUAUUUGUAGAUUGCUCUUUCUGCACAUGCAACUUAGGAAAGGCAAACUAGUAGAUUAUUACAUUCCAGAUUGUAAAGCCAAUUUUCCAGGCCACACAUGUAUAGACAAAAUUUUAACUUUUGUUUGAGGAACUUGGAGUCUGAA